GUCAACUUGUAUUAUAUUCUCAAUAUCCAGUCAGUACAUUUAUGUCAGUAAAUCCAUGCAUCAACACUUCCUUGACUUUGCUGAGCAGUUGUCUGUUCUUUGUCCUAAAAGUUCUUGCAUUUAAUGGUGGUCUUCACAUAACAUAAGUAAAUUCCCAUCCUUAAACUCUUUAUCUUGCAUAUUCAUUUGGAGCAUUUUCUGUUAGGGUAAAUGAGUAGAGAGGAUCCUAGGCCAUUUUUAGCAAUUUCCUGGUGAUUAAAAAAAGAUGAACCCAUUUAUUCAACAUUGAUUAUUUUAACAAAUUCAGAAGUACCUUAACAUAAAAUUAAGGUUAUAGUGUACUUGUAACCAUCCGUCUCUGCUUGGUACAGCCCCAGUUCAUGUGACGGUGCUCUGGUGUGUGUGGGACCUCGUCGUUGGCGUGCCAGAGGAGGAGAGAGGAGGCAGAUGGAGAUGUGUAUCCUGUGUCACGAAGCGCAGGAGAUCCUACCUGAUGGCGCCGUCAUGGUGCUCGCUGCCUUUGUCCAACGCUCUACGGUCAUGUCCGAGAACCACAAAAGACCCCCUCACAAUCCAGAGAGCUAUGAUCCCCUCUUCAUGCACCCUGACCUGUCCUUUGGUACCCAUACCGGCAGCUGUGGCCACAUCAUGCACUCUCACUGCUGGCAUAGCACUGAGUACUUUCACACACACUGUGACUCAGUCUCCAGCAUACACCCCAACUCCGAGUCUCUCACACAGCGAUCAAUCUCUAUGAAUCUCUGCAUGCAACAGAGCAGCUGGGUCCUGCUGACCACACACAUGAAGGUUUGGAGGCAGUGUGUUUGAAGUGCCACUGCACUACGAUAACCCCGCCUUUGAGAGUGAAACUCGCAGCUAGGAGACCAGCAAAACACACUGUGACUGUAAA